UAUCCAGAAUUUUGUAAGAUUAGAACGUUUUCUCUUACUCAAAACGUCUUACAUUACAUGAAAUACGCUAUUGCGACGUGUAUUGUACAAUUUUGUUGCAAUUUAUAUCGUAUUUUGCCUGGAAUUUGCCACAACAGUUCGGCGAUGAGUGAACUGGAAUCUGCAACGAAGGUGCUAACAAGAGCGGUUGACCUUGACAACAAUCAUCGUUAUAAAGAAGCCUUAAUCUGUUACCAAGAAGGAACUAAUCUUCUAAUGCUUGCAUUAAAAAAGGAAACUGACAACUCUAAAAAGCUAGCCCUCAGGCAAAAACUGGACGAAUACCUAAGCAGAGGUGAAGUUAUUAAGCCAUUGGUACAAAAUUUAUCAGAGAAACAUCAUGAACGGAUUGAGAUAAAGGAUGGUGAAAGAGGACAUAGUUAUGCAAAGAUAUUUGAAAAAUGUUUAUUUGGAAAUUUGACUGAGGUUCGAGUUGAGGACCCAUACAUUCGUACCCAUUAUCAAAUCCAAAAUUUUGUCAGAUUUUGUGAAUUACUAGUACAUGUCAAUGGAAUGAAAAAGAUCAAGCUUCUAACAGGUCAUCAUCAAGAGAGAUCAAUGCAAGCUGAAAAAUUUCAAAAACUAUCAGACAGUUUACAACAAUGUGGAAUCUCAUUGGAAAUUUCUUUUUCUGAUACUUUACAUGAUCGAGAAAUCACUUUCAACAAUGGUUGGGUUGUGAAAAUUGGCAGAGGGUUGGACAUGUUUAAACCUGUGAAAGAUAACUGUUCUGUUGGUCAUUUUGAUCAGACCUUAAGAGCUUGUCAUGAAACGACUAUCGACUUGUACAAGAAUGUUUAGGGUUAUGGGUGAUAAAAAACAGUCUGGUUAUUAG